AAUGCUUUUCAGACGAAGGGUACAUCGUCGUUUGGUAAACGACGAAAUAAAACACACACCCUGUGUCGUCGAUGUGGGUCCAAGGCGUACCAUCUGCAAAAAUCGACCUGCGGGAAAUGUGGUUACCCUGCUAAGCGUAAGAGAAAGUAUAACUGGAGUGCAAAGGCUAAAAGACGCAACACCACUGGUACCGGUCGCAUGAGGCACCUGAAAAAGGUCUACCGUCGAUUCAGGAAUGGAUUCCGUGAGGGAACCACACCGAAGCCCAAGAGAGCAGCUGUUGCAGCCUCCAGUUCAUCUUAAAGACUCAUCUGUUUGUUAAAAUAAAUGGUCUUAUCCAGAAGAUUUGUCA